AUGGCGAGAUCUGCGAACAAAGGUGUGGUCGGUAAACAUCCAUCGGUUCGAUCUGUGUGCGAUGUGUCGAGUCAAGCGGAUAGGAAGAUUUCUGGAACUGAAAAGAAAUGCGUUGAGCAAUGGCAGCCGCAAGUAGAAACAACUCAGGCGACUAAGACCAGGAUAGUUUCUACAACACCCAGUAGUAAAGUUUCCAAAGAUCUGCUUGGAGCGAGGGGAGAUCCAGAAGAAAAACCAGUUACUUGUGCAGAUAAAAGUUGUCAGAAAACCGCAGCAGGCAAAGUGGCUACUCCAGCAAACUUCAGCAAGUUUGAAAUCAAGAAAGGAUUUCAAUCGAAAAGAAACGUGUCUGCUACUGGUAAAAUCCAGUGCAAGCGGCUUCCAGAGAAGGAAAUCAAUGACGAUGGAAAGAUUUCUGCAGCAGACGAAACUGACAAUCUGCAUCGAGUUCAAGUUGUAGGAAAAGUUUUCUCUAAAGCUCUUUCUAAAGACGUGUCGCUGCCUCAACUGGAAACAAAGGAAGCUGAAGAAACAGUUGCACCAAUAGGCGCGGUGUUUAACGAUCUAUCGUCGGUCAAACCCGGUCAUGCUAAAAAAGGCGUUCCUGCAUCUGAUACAGUUACGAAGAACAUGCUUACAUUCCAAGAUCCAUUGAUCACAAGGCUUCUGUGCAGUCAAAUGUUGCCACGAGUUGUGGAGUUAGCCAAUCAGGUAUCCGUGUCAGUUAGACCCGACCAAGCUUGCAAGGGUUUGAUACUUACAGGAAGCACAGAAGCUAUCGCUAGUCUCAAGAUUCGUUUGAAAAUCAUGGUAGAGCAGCUCAGAAUAACUUUAGUGGAGAAAUUGGUUGUUCUAGAGGCGACCAUGGUUCCUGUUUUAUCCGUUGCAAAAGUCCAAAGCGAAAUAAUCCGGUUGGAGAACGAAAAAUGCGUGGAAAUUGAAUGGUCCGACAAACAUGUGCAGCAGUCACUUGAUGUGGAGAUCGACCUGUAUGGAACUCCAGGAUGUGGAAAGCUACAGCUUUGCAAAGCGAAACUUACUGAAAAGUCAGCUGACGCUCUCGUGGUACCUAUUGAGAAAGACUUGAAUUUUUCUAGUGGAGAUCCUGGACAUAUAGAAAACAAUGUAUUGAGAGACACCAGUUUACAUAGGCAACUCCGACAAUUUGGCAAUCCGGUGGAAUACGGUGCAGUCAUGCCUCUUUCUUCUGAAAGUUUGAAGUGUCAGAGUGUCAUUUUUGUUACCAUGCCUGGGGUGUGUUCGCUCGAAUAUGAUCUGACUGCAUUCCGUUUGUCUCUUGCCAACGUUCUCUCAGAGGCAGACGCAAUGCAACUCCAAACUCUAGCGUUUCCAUGGUUUUCUUUCCCGUGUCUGUUCUCAACUGAGGAGGCCGCUUCUACAAUGGUUAAAGCGAUACUCAAUCACGCAUACGUUUCCAAUCAAUCAAGUCUACAAUAUGUACGAAUAUUUACUCCUAAUGACGUGUAUAUCACAGUGCUUCGAAACGCACUUCGCGAAGGAAAGAAACUGGCCAAAAGCAUGCAUGCCGUUGGUACACUUGAAGGCGCAAAAUCGUCAGAGACAACUCCGACGGGCAUAUGGAAGUAUCAGGACGAUAACGGAUUGUUCAUGUACUUCGAUUCAAUUUCAAAUGCCGCUUUGGAAAAAAAAUUUCUUGAUUCUUCCAAACAGGUGGAGAUUCGUAUUGGACCAUACAUUUACUCGGUGGACUUCUUGUCCAUGAUGCAACGCAAUAAAAGUACAGGCAGAUUAAGAAAGGUUACACGCACCCAGAAUCCUCUCCAUGCGUCUAACCAGACGAUGCCCAUAACUUGCCAGUGGGUCUACCGUGGCGGAGAUGGUAAGGAUCACGCCUACGACCAAGAAUCAAACUCCCAGAUGGAGACAGCGUGGAAAGAAGGAAAAAGCGAUUUGAUUGUAAAAAUAUCAGGGAAGGCUUACGAGAUUGAUUUCAAAUCGUACACCCAGAAAAGCUUCUUGUCAGGCAAGAAGAGGGAAGUAAGGAGAGAGCCCGGAAACGACGAAAUAUCUCCUCGAAAUUUCGUAGGAAUGUCAGAAAACGUCAAGUCUAAACACAGAGAUCGAGGCGUAGAACAGAGAACUGUGAUGGUGAAAAUAAGAGGUCAAAGAGAGGACGUGGGAGCUGCUGCUUCAGAUUUCUUAUCUGUACUCGACAGUUGUGUUGUCUCUAGGAGUUUGCCUAUUCCCAGUUCGGCCUACGAAGCGUACCGGCAGGAAAUCAACGCAACGGUACUUCGCCUCAACGUUAUUCUCAAGGCUCAAUCCCGUCAGGGCUCGUCGACAAUUGUCCAGCUGGACGGUGUCGACCAUUUGGUCAGCGAGGCAGUCCAAUGUAUUCAGGAGAUGAUCAUAGCAAGGCAGACGACCGCGAGUGUACUCGUGACCCGGCCUAAGGAAUGGGACCCUCAGGAUAGCAGCACCAACCUCAAGAAAGUUUCACUUCCGGUAGAUUCUCGUGAGUACCAGAAAAUAAAACAAAUGAUGCAGACGACCAUGACACGGGUGUAUCUGCACUGUGUUGAGCGCAUUCAGAACGUCUGGCUGUGGCGCAAGUAUGCACAACACUCAACAGCAAUGGCGGAGAAAAACAACGGCCACAUCAACGAAUUAGAGCUCUUUCACGGGACACGAAACACAGACCCUUCCCAAAUCUACGACAGCGAAGAGGGAUUCGACAUGCGAUUUAGCCGGGAAGGUCGAUGGGGCCAAGGCUCGUACUUCGCCGAGUAUGCGAGUUACUCAGACCUUUACAGUUUCACGUGCUCAAACGGCAAGCGGCAAAUGUUUCUCGCGAGGGUUCUCACGGGCGAUAGUGCAGAUACUCCGCCUAAUCCGACGUUGAGAUUGCCUCCUGAAAAGAAGGGAGAACGAAAGCGGUAUGAUACUGUGACAGGGAUAAGUGGGUCGACACGAAUUUAUGUGACAUUCAACAAUGAUAAGGCAUAUCCUUCCUAUCUCAUUACAUAUGAUAGGGAACCUCCUGCUCCGCAGGGGUUGUUAGGUAGACUGAGGAAUGUUUUUGUCAACAACUAGGUGUGCAGGUAGAGACUGAGUGAUACUCUAGAUGUGUUGGUUCAAUAGGGUAUAUAUAUAUAUAUAUAGUGGCGCUUUGUGCAUGCGCUGUUCAAUGUCUAGUUUAUACAGAGCGAACUAUUGAUUUAGCACAACUGCGAAAUUUUGGAAGUGAAAUUUUGAGUGAGGUAAUUGGCUGUUUGGGUU